CCGGGCGGCCGCGGCGCCAGCCGCAGCAGCGGGAGGAGCAGCAGCAGCAGCAGCGGCAGCAGCAGGGGCAGCAGCGCGAACGACCUCGUGGUGCUGCCCACCCACCUGCCCUCUGCGCCCAGUGGGCCAGCGCCACACCAUCUCGGGCGCCUCGUGCAGCCCAGGCCCCCCGCAGCGGCCGGGCCUCUCGGAGCAGCAGCCGCACCUGCGCUACCGGAGAGCGAGCGCGCCCGACCUCGGAGCGCCAGGCCUCUCGUGGCACCUGGCCCCCCCCAUCAUGCCGCUCGACGACGACACCCCCGCGCUGGAGGGCGAGGUGUCCGUCGUCGGCCCCCUGAUCGCCACGCGGAUGUGCCGGCGCCACAGCGAGGCCGCGCCGGUGGCCGCCUCGAGGGCCUCCUCGAGGGCCUCCUCGAGGCGCACGGCCCGCGGUGGUUCCUGCAACACGGACGACGAGCAGGGGUCGCGCACCAAGGGGUCCCCUGACCUGCACCUGGAGACGAUGAGCGCCGGCGAGUGGGCGGCGCGCCUCCUCUGCACGAGCGCCAGCGAGCGGCGCGAGGCCACCGUCGCCUUGGUGAGCCGCAUAGAGGCCUCGCUCACCUCCGGUGUCCUGGAGGGCCUGGAGAAGGUGAAGAUCGCGGACAUGCUCGAGGAGGAGAUUGAGUCGAGGCAGCAGGCCGUGUCGCUCCAGUCGUUCCACCUGGUGAAGGGCGACUUCUUGGAGCUGAAGGCGCUCCGCGAGGAGAAGGAGGAGUUCGAGAACCGCAUGAUGGUCAUGAACAACACGUACCUGCGUGAGAUUACGUCUAAGCGCGACGUGACUCGCACAGGCUGCGAGAUUGCGUUCGAGACCCUCAGCAAGGAGGGCUUCGUCGGUGGCGACGUGCAGUUUUUCGAGCCCCUGCAGCAUCUCAGCAACGAGGCGAGGCAGUGUGUCCUGUCCAUAUCCAAGGAGAAGCUGAAGGCAAUUUUCGAGUGGAACCCAGAGAUGAAGGAGAAGACCAGCAAGUUCGAGCUCGCCAAGUUCGAGGACGGGCUCCUGCGCGAGCGCCUGGCGUCCUACACGCGCCUCAACGCGCAGCUGCGCGAGGAGCUGCGCGACCUGCGCCAGCGAGCGAAGCAGGCGGAGCUCGGUAACCAGAAGAGCUCGUGGGAGCACCAGAAAGCCGAGGCACAGAGCGGCCAGUUGAAGAAGAAGCUGGAGCGCACGCAGCAGGAGCUGGACGAGGCCCUAUCGGAGGCCGAGUACCUCCGGCAGAGGCUCGCCAAAGCAGCAGAGGCGGCCUUGCAGCGGCAGCCUCAGAGGGAGGAGGAGGAGGCGGAGGGGAAGGGCGAGGGCGAGCGGAAGGAGCAGAAGGAGGGGGGGGGGCAGCCGUUGCCGAUGCCCGUUGCCCCCAAACCGGGGGUGGCCCGCGGCGUGCAGACCGACGCCACCCCGACGCCGCCGCUGUCGCGCGUGAACACCACGGACGGGGACCUGGCGGCGUGCAUGCUCCCGGCGGGCAAGCCCCCCUCGAGACACCGGCGGCGGUCGGGAGUGGGCGAGGUGUUGCAGCUGUCCGACGAGGCGGACAAAAUUGAUGACGCCAUGGAGAAGCGCCUGCACCAGGCGGAGCGGCAGGCCGAGCUGGCCACCAAGGCCCUGCACCAGCGCGACGAGCUGAUCCAGUCUCUGAACUCGCGCCUGGCGGCCCUGAAGGCCGCCAGAGCCGCCGAGCCCGCGCCAGGGCGCGGCUGCGAGGCGGGAGGGCCCGCGGGCGAGGCCCCGGAGGCCGGCGCAAGCGGCGCCGGGGGCGCGGCUGUCGCCGCGGAGCGGAGUGCCAGCCAUGCCGCGCCGGAGGGCAGCGCCGAGCCGCCCUCCUCGGGCCCCGCGCCGGGCGCGCCCGCAGCCGCGGCGGCGGCGGGCGGCGCUCUUGCAGCAGCUGCGCCAGCUGCGUGCUCGGGCGGAGGCGCGGCCCAGUCGGACGUCGCGGGCAUCGCAGGCAGCGCACUCGCCGCGGGCAGCCAGGCCCAGCCGCGGCGGGUCGCCGCGGGCGCCGCGCGCGAGGGCUCCCCAGAGGAGGCGCAGGUGGUUGAGGGCUCCAAGGAGCAGGCGCACGUUGUGGAGGCGCAGGCGCAGGUGCGGGCCGACUUCGCCAACUCCAUCGUAGCCUCCCUGCGGGAGGAGCUGCAGGCGUCGCGGGAGGAGGUGGCCGCAGCGGAGGAGCGGCUGCAGGCUGCUGCGGCUGGAGGGGAGAGCAGCGCCGGGAUCGUGCAGCUCGAGGCUGAGUCGCGGGCCAGGAAGGCCGCGUGCGACGAGCUGGAGAGCUGCAAGGCCUCGCUCGGUCUGGCGCAAUCUCGCAUCAGGGUGCUCGAGGCAGCUCUCGGGGCGCAGACACUGGACUCCAGCGCCAUCUCUGAGGAUGAGGAGGAGCUUGACGAGAAGCGUGAGCACGUGUCCACCGAGCUCGGGAACAUGGCGACCCGGGCGGCUGCAGCGACGCAGUUCAAAGCCAGGGCCGCCCUGGAGGAUCAGAAGACCGCCCUGCGCAGCAAGGUAAGGGCGCAGAAGGCCCAGCUGGGCUCCAUACUCCAAGAGAAUACCGUCCUGCACCUGGCCCUGGAGGAGGUGCAGCGGGAGAUGCACUCCCUCACCUCCAGGCUCCGCAAGCGCAUCCCGGAGAGCCAGGGGAGGAAGGUGGACGUCGAGUCCGUGCUCAAGAGGAUGGAGAAGGUGGCGGCCAGCGGCGUCGGCGGCUACAUCCGCCUCCACAAGCAGGCCCAGCUCCGGCAGGUGGCCGCCGUCGCGCAGGCGGGCGAGGCCCGCGCCGAUGCCCGUGCGCCCGAGGAGGGCACGCCGCCCCCGGAGGGGCCCGCGCAGAAGCGGGGCCGCGGCACGCCCGCCGAGUCGGAGUCCACGUUCGCGAGGACGAUCAGCUGCGAGAGCCACUCGUCCUCCGCGGCCGCGCCGGCGGUGCUGUCCGCCGUCUCCUUCACGCAGUUCGGGGCCACCGAGGUCCCGAUGGCCCGGGCGGGCGCCGCGGCGCCCAGCGGCGCCAGGGCGAACCCGCUGAAGUACAGGUCCCAGCCUCUGCGCUCCGCCCGGGAGCCCGGCGCCGCCGCGCUGGCCGACCUGCAGGCCGCGGGCCUGGCGUUCCAGCCGCUUGCCUCCCGCACGCGCGCCGAGAGCCUGGGGCACCGCGUCUGCUCGGGCGACCUCGAGCUCCCGUCCCCGAGCACGGCGCGGCUGCCCGGCCACUUCCCCCAGCGGGGCGCGCUCGAGCGCAGCUUUCGGGAGCCCCCCUCGCCCAGGCGCCAGGAGCGGGGAGGCGGGGUCACGAAGCUGCCGGUCCUGGGGGUGCCGCUGCUGCAAGACGCCGUCACGCGCAGCCCGUCGGAGAGCCUGAGUUUGCGCCUCUAG